GCGCCAGCCCGCCCGCGCCCAUGCAGCACCGCCGCCCGCCGCCGCCCGCGCCUGGGCCCCGGGGCCCGCGCCCCGCCGCCCUGCUGCUCGGGCCGUGGCUGCUGCUGCCGCUCGCCCUCCAGGGGCUGGCGGCGCCCGCGGAGCCGGGGUGGCGCCAGGACACGGAGCUGCCGCCCGGGCUGCUGGAGCAGGCGGCGCGCGCGGCGCUGCACUUCUUCAACUUCCGCGUGGGCUCGCCCAGCGCCCUGCGAGCGCUGGCCGCCGUGCAGGAGGGCCGCGCCCGGGUUAAUCCAAAGACAGGACGUAGAGUUGACCUGGUAUUUACCACGGAGCUCUAUAACCCAGAGGAAGGUCAGGAACGUUUGGGAAAAUGUUCUGCUCAAGUGUUCUUCAGGCAUCAGAAACCCAGACCGACCAUUAAUGUGACUUGUACACGGCUCAUCGAGAAGAACAAAAGACAACAAGAGGAUUACCUGCUUUACAAGCGCAUGAAGCAACUUAAAAGCCCCUUGCAUGCAAUCAGCAUACCUGAUAGUCAUGGGCAUAUUGAUCCAUCCCUGAGGCCCAUUUGGGAUUUGGCUUUUCUUGGCAGCUCUUACGUGAUGUGGGAAAAGACAAGCCAGUUUUUACACUACUACAUGGCACAGCUCAGCAGUGUGAAGCAAUGGAAAACAAAUGAUGGUGCAAUUGAUUUUGAUUAUACUGUUCUACUCCAUGAAUUCUCGACACAGGAAAUCAUUCCCUGUCGUGUUCACCUGGUCUGGUACCCCGGCAAACCACUUAAAGUGAAGUACCAGUGUCAAGAGCUACAGACACCAGAAGAAGCCUCUGGAACUGAAGGAUCAGCUGUGGCUCCGAAAGAGUUUACUAAUUUCUGAAAAAAAAAAAAAAAGAAAAAGAUCUGCUUAUAUCAAAUUCUAAAAAAAUUUACUGUACUGAAUAGCCUAAAUCAUUAUUCUAGUAAAAUAGCUAAGGUAUAAGUCAUUCUAAUAAUGUGGAAAGCCUGUGAUUACAAGUAAAUAUUCAAAAAUUAACAGAUUUUUUGUUUUUUCUUGGUUUUAGUUUACAACUCUAGUAGCAAGUGUAUAACAAAUUCUUCUCAGUGCUAAACAGUCACCCCACAGGUUUUAGCCCUAAAAUGUGAAACCCUAGUAAAUCAGUAUAUGCUGCAACUGUAUCAGUAUUUAGCAAAACAAAAUGUGAUGGUUUCACCUCAAAGUAGUUGGCUACAAUAAAGUAAGAAGAUACAGAUUUAAUGUUGCUAAAUUGCUUCUGCCUAGUAUGCAAAAAAGAUAAUAUAUUUCAAUGAAAGUGAACUGCAGGGAAAAUAUUACCAAUUUGAAAGGAAUUUUACUAUUUUUUUAUGAUUUCAAGCAAAUAUUCCUUUUGAACUUCAUAACUACUCAAAUGUUUACAUUUCUAAGUAAAAUAUGUUAAAUGUGUUUGUGGAGAUUUGCAUACUUAGGCAAAAUUUGUGCUAAACUGGAAUGAAAUGAACUCUUAAUAUUGCUUAAUUCAACUUUUACUAAAACACAUAGUGUUUCACAGGUAAAGAAAGCCAAGCAUCUGCAAACAUGUAAGUGGAGGAGUGAUUUAACUGAAAGUACAUAAAAUAUUUACAAUUUUAAUUUAUAACAGCUUGGACCUAGUGUUGGCCUAAGUACACCACAUACUAUAGUCAAAUUUGGUGGAGUUACCUCCCCAAGUCAGGAAGAAUUGAUUCAGGAAAUGUGGCCAUCAUUUACCUCUCAAAAUUAACAUUAUUUAAUUGAAGGCUUGUAUCAGUGUCUACAAACUUGUAGCCAUAAUUCUUGGCCAGUAAUUGAUCUGGAAGCAUCAGCCUUAAAAUAUACCAAAAUAUUACUUUUAAGUCUAUUCUAUUAGAAAAUGGGGAAGUUUAUAUAAAGAGAAAAUCCUUCUAGACAUGGACUCUUACAAAAUAAAAAUAAGAUGGAUCAUACUGUUUAGCAGAUCUAAUUUAUAUAUUUUUCUAUUUAAAACCUCAACCCUUUGCAUUUAUCUUCCCAACAUCCUUUUGAUUUCAAGAACUGUAAGUGCUCUGCAGCGCUACAAACCAUCACUUAAAGGAAACAUCGGAUCGCCCACCUACAUGACAAUGCACAGAAUAAAUAGCAAACAAUCUACGACGAUUAAAGCACAUGCAAACCAAGCAAUGAUAAACUCCUCCAAAGGAAGUUCCCUAAAUAAUCUUAAAAAGAGAUGCCAAGAGCACUGUACUAACAUAUUCAAUGUCCUGUGGCCUUGCAUCAAUCCUUCAGUAUCCCAUUCAAUACAGAAAGGGGUUUCAGCUUUCUAGAGUCUCACUGUUCUCAAAUCUACAUUCUCACAAGGCAUUUUUAAUUAGUGAGAACAGCUCACAAAGGUGACCGUAAUUCAAUCAGGGAAGGACUCUAAAGGUAAGCCUUUAACAGAUUUAUUUCAGCAUAAAAGAUUACGAAGGGGAAUUCUACACAUACAACAUGCAAACACAAUUAUCUAACUUAUAAAACAAAACCUACAAAAGUUAAAGGACCAAAACUUUCUCAAUGAAAUCACUAUUAGAACAUCUUUUCUAACACAAACUCUAAAAUUGCUAACUUGAUUUUACUAAUAUUGAUUUUGCUGCCUAACAG